AUGAGAAUGAGACAUGGUCUGACUUGGUUGGUGGUGCUGGCGGCCAGCGUCACGCUAAUUGCCGCCGAUUCGGACUGGGGCAAUGAGUGGGCGCCCAUGGACACAGAGUCCAUGCUAAGCAGACGUUCCGCCGACACAAAACCCGCCGAGGAGACGCAGGGGCGCAACUAUGCCGUGCAUGAGAGCACACAGAGCAAUGCCACGGAGAUUGACACCGUCAUCGAUCAGCUGAUCAACUCACGGCGCGAGGGACGCAAUCUGGGCGAAUAUGAUGCCGUCUAUGCGGAUGGCAAUAUCGACCAGGCGCUCCAGGAAGGCAACGAUAUGCAGGCUCGCAACCUAAUCCGCGACAAGCUUUGCGGCCUGGGUCUGAUGAGCUGCGAUGUGGAAGAGAAGCGUCCUUUCUACUCGACCAUCUACGCACAAGGACCUCCACCACCAUCCGGCUUUGGCGGCGGCCCCUAUGGACCAGCUAAGCCCAUGCCACCACCGAGCUAUUUCAGUGGACGUCCGCCAAUGGGUGGUCCGCCACCCAACUCAGUGAACUCCUUUGGUCCACCGCGCAAGGUUGGCUAUGAGGGUUCAUACAAGCCGCCAAUGAACAGUUUGUACAGACCUGGCGGUCAGUUCGGCGGUGCCUAUCUGGAACACCCACCACCAUCGGCCAUUGAUGGCUCGGAUGGCAUUACCUACUCCAAGCCUCCACCUGGCGCUCUCAUCUACGACAGCAAACCACCUGGCCCCCUUUACAGUGGCCCACCUAACGGUCCUGCGUCCGGUCCUCUGUCCGGUCCUCUGUCCGGUCCUCCGUCCGGUCCUCUCUACAAUGGUCCUUCUAAUGGAGUGCCUCCGUACAAUUUUGAGAAUCCCGAAAAGAUUCAAGGUGCCAGCUCUACUCUGAAUGGUUUCUAUGCACAACAAUCGUCCUCAUCUUCAGCAGCCUCCUCGUCCAGCACCAAGGUUGUUGUGGGUGCACCCAUCGAUGCGGGUCUGCAGCAGCAUGUCCAUCAUCACUUCCAUCACGUUGAUGGCGGCGAGGGUGCCAAUAUUCCAAGUGUGCCUAUUCCCGUUGGCGGCGGCCAAACCGUCAACACCGACUUCAGCGCCUUGGCUCAAUCCUCAGCCACGUACACGCCCCAGGCUCAGGCUUCCAGCUCUGGCUUCUCACAGUCUAAUGCUUUCAACGCUGGCUUCAAUAGUGCUUCCCAGGGUGGUCUGCUCUCCCAGGGCUAUCCCUCUCAGAAACCAAAUGGCGAUUUGUAUAAGCCUACAUCCGGUUUGGGCAGCUUCGGCAGCAGCUCCGGCAACUUUGGCAGCAGCUCCGGCAACUUCGGCAGCAGCUCCGGCUUGUCACAAUCCGGCGGUUUCGGCCAGAAUGGUUUCAGUGGCUCGCCCAGCGGCAGCUAUCACAGCCAGAAUCCCGACUACUACAAGAAGGAGCUGCAGGGUGGCGCCUCGAGCAACUACAACGGCCUCUCUUCAGGAUUUGGAGGCCAAAACCAGGGUGGUUUGUACCAGGGCGCCGGUGGCUAUGACACUUCCCGUCAGCAAAUUGUCGACUGCCAGUGCGUGCCCAUUUCUCAGUGCCCUGCCGCCGAUCGCAUUGGACGCAAAGAGGAUCUGAUUCUGCCCAUUGACCCGAGAAAUCUGGGCAAGGACAUUGAAGCGCUGAGCGAUGAUGCUGCCGCCAAUGCCAAUGCUACUGUAAAGGCUGAUGCCAAGGAGGACAAGAAGGAUGAGGAAGAAAAGAAACGCACACGCCGCCAAACCGAUGCUGACAACAAGGAAGAGGACACCAGCGACCUCUCAUUGGAUGCUCAAGGGCGUCAGGGACUACUCGGACCAUCUCCGCUGGCAUUGCCCGCUCUCCAAGCCAUUGAGCUCAUACAGCGCAAGGUGCUGCCCACAUACGGAGUUAGUUUCGGCCUGCCCUACCCUUCGGCUGGCUACCCGGGCGGCUAUCCAUCCAAUGUCUUGGGUGACUAUUAUCCCGCACAGAAUCCCUACUUUGGCUCCUUGGGUCCCAACGGUCUGAAUCUGGGUCUGGUCAAUGUCAAUCCUCUGGUCUCGCUGCAAGUGAGCAAAACGGAUUACGGCGAGAAGGUAGUCAAGCCUCUGGUCAAUCUGCAUGUGACACCCAAUGCGAAUAUCAUUCAGAAAGUGGGCGAUUUCUUCAAGAAGAAACCAACCGAACUUUACAGCACGCAUUACCAUCACCACGAUCACUUCAGCGGCUACGAGCAUGAUCACCAUCCGCACCACUAUAGCGCACCGUCGCACCACCACGACUACGAAAGCACCGGACCCGCACAUAUUGAACACUUUAGCGUUGAGAUGGUGCCCAGCACGCCCAUUUUUGAGUAUCACAGCGGACCCUCAUUCUAUCCGCCACACCACGAGCACCACUCAGAGGCCCCAUUUGAUCACUCUUUCAACUCGAUUUAUCCCGAGACGUCGCACUCCGAUUUUGGUUCCAGUGGAUUUGGCAGCUAUGGGGAUUAUUCCCAACAUCAUGAGCGUAGCGUUAAUGUCAGCGCACCCGAUUGGACGGCACCUAGUCGCCGUGGCAAGCAACUGAAUUUGGGGCAAGUGCAUAAUAUACCCACUCAAGCGCCAGGCGCUGCAGCGGGCAGCGAUUAUGUGACCUUUCCCCAUGAUCGCAGGAGACGAAGCGUUGAUAAUGUGGAUGAGUUUGAGUUGGGCGCAGAGCAGCGCGCUUACUACGGCAACCGUCCUGUUGAGAAGACCUGCCGCAUCAACGAGGUCUGCUGCCGUCGCCCAUUGCGCCCACAGGCACCACCUCAGCAGCAGCUGGGACGUUGUGGAGUAAGGAACGCGGCCGGCAUUACGGGUCGCAUCAAGAAUCCAGUUUAUGUCGAUGGCGACAGUGAAUUCGGUGAAUAUCCCUGGCAUGUGGCUAUCCUGAAGAAGGAUCCCAAGGAGUCGAUCUACGCCUGCGGUGGCACCCUCAUCGACGCCCAGCACAUCAUCUCGGCGGCCCACUGCAUUAAAUCUCAAAAUGGUUUCGAUCUGCGCGUGCGCCUGGGCGAGUGGGAUGUGAAUCAUGAUGUGGAAUUCUUCCCCUAUAUUGAACGUGAUGUCGUCUCCGUGCACAUUCAUCCCGAGUACUAUGCUGGCACGCUCGAUAAUGAUUUGGCCAUUCUGAAGCUGGAUCAACCUGUGGACUUCACCAAGAACCCGCACAUUAGCCCCGCCUGUCUGCCCGAUCAGUAUUCCGAUUUCACCAAUGCCCGCUGCUGGACCACCGGCUGGGGCAAGGAUGCUUUCGGUGAGCACGGCAAAUACCAGAACAUUCUGAAGGAGGUCGAUGUGCCCAUUCUGUCGCAUCAUCAGUGCGAAUCCCAGCUGCGCAACACCCGUCUUGGCUACAGCUACAAGCUCAAUCCCGGCUUUAUCUGCGCCGGAGGUGAGGAGGGCAAGGAUGCCUGCAAAGGGGAUGGCGGCGGUCCAUUGGUCUGCGAGCGCAACGGCGUCUGGAACGUGGUCGGCGUCGUUUCCUGGGGCAUUGGCUGCGGUCAGGUAAACGUGCCCGGUGUCUAUGUUAAGGUCUCGGCCUACUUGCCUUGGAUUCAGCAAAUCACGCAGAGCUACAAAUGAUUAACAGA